CGCUCUUAUGGCUCCCAUGUUGAAACUCGAUAUAGUGAUUGUGGGUGCAGGCCUUUCUGGGCUUGCAUCCGCCUGCGCACUCGCAUUGAAUGGCCACCGUGUACGAGUAAUAGACAAAACAUCUGGUCUCCCACCACAUCUAGGAGCUAUCCGUGUACCACCAAACGCGGCCAAGGUUCUCGCCGCCUGGGGCAUCCAUGAUGAACUCGCACAAAAGAGCUCCCUCAUCGAUCGUGUUCCGCUUAUCGAUAUGUACAAUGGCGGCGAAGAGGUCGGUCAUACGGAGUGGUCGCCGGAAAUGUUCAAGGACAGUGGUGGGGACUUCCAUAUGAUGGGCUACCGAGACCUCUGCGAGAUCAUCUUGGAGCGUGCCCAGUCUGUUGGGGCCAAGUUUAUCUGGAACCGAACCGUGGUAUCCGUGGUACCACCAACCCACUCGAGCGGGGAUGGCGAGCGGAGCGUGAGCGCCUCUGUGACGCUAUGUUCCGGGCGCGUCUUGACUGCGGAUCUUGUGAUCGGCGCCGAUGGGGCUCAAAGCAUUGUGCGAAAAUUGGUGGACGAGAGCGCUGCCAACGGCCUACUGCAGGCAAAAUAUACGGGGACGACAAUCUACACGGGAAUCAUGGACACCGCUGAUAUCAUGGCCGACCCAACAAUGGCGGAUAUCGUCCCGCUGAGACAUCCGUUCUGGAUGGGCGAUAACUGCAUUGCGAUGGCAUAUCCUAUGAGGAACGACAAGGCGUUUGGGUUUCACGUGGAUGUUGUGCGAGAGCCCUCAGAUCAUGAAGAAGUGUCUUGGAGUUGGAACGAUGUCCCAGCUUCGGAAGUCCCACUAGACAGAUUGGAAAUCCGCCUGCAAUCAUUUCUCAAACACGCUACGACCCUCACACGCGCCCACUGUUAUGAUCUCCCGCCAUCUGAAGACCGAGUGGACGAGUCCGAACGGAUUAUCUUGAUCGGACAGGCGGCGCAUCCGAUGAUGCCAUCUGCGAUGCACCAGAGCUCCGACUGCCUCGAAUCGGCCUGCAUCCUCGGCGUCCUCCUAUCCCACCUCCGCUCCAUGGAACAGCUCCCCUCGCUCCUGUACGCCUACCAGGACCUCCGCGAAAAGCGCUCUCCGCGCCUGCACUCGCUCGAACUGGGCCUGCGCGCGUAUUGCGGCAUGACCGGGGAAGCGCGGGAAGUGCGGGACGAGAACAUGCGUGCCAUUGCCGCCGCCGCCCAAGCGAGGCACGAUCGGGGGUUGCGGCCGGGAGAGGGCGCGGAGGAGGACACGGGCCCGCUCGCGCAGCAGUUUGCGGAAGUCGCGGAGCUGUGGGGUUACGACGCUCACGAGGCGGCGGAGGAGUGGUGGCUUCGAUGGGGGCUGUUGCGAGAGAGGUCAGAGUGCGUUGGAGACGAUGAUGAGGUCGACAGUGUGGUCGGAGGCGUGGAGGUCGUGAUAGGACGUCUAUGAUAGACAGGUGCUAGGGCAUGGUGCUCUGAAGGCGAGGUGCGACGGGUUGCAGCCAGUAGAUACAUGCACACUUACCCCCAUAGAGAUACCCCUAUAAACAUGGUAAGAAUAUUCCAUGACGAUUCUC